AUGGCUUCAAAUAACCCGAACGAAACAUAUGCCAAUAUGACAACGAGACUAGAGGCAUCCCAAUUCCCACCAGAGUCAACUAUCUCAUCAUCACGAAAGCGAGAGAAGCGAAGUGUUUCGCCUGAGUAUGACCCCAAGGCUGGCGAAAACAGACUGCGCCCGGCUGGAGAUAUCAUCAAUCGCAUUACUUGGGAUUCGGGGUUUGAACGCAGCAACUAUAUCAUUGGCUUCGUGGACCGAUUUGAAGGACAAUUAGAAAUCACCAUGGGUAGUUGGAAGAAGGAGACUACCGACGAGGAAUUCAUUCCACAGCAUCGGGUGUUGUAUAUCAGACACACCAACGGGGAGAUUGUUUGGGACCGAAGGAGACGUAUUGACAAAAUUUGUUUGAGUGGAAACUCGGCCUUCAGCGAAUUGGCCUUUCUUGCGUGA